AUGCCUGCAACCUUAAUCACCGGCGCCACCGGCAAGCAGGGUGGAGCGGUGAUCAAUGCCCUCCUCCGCAACAACGCCGCCUUCGAGAUCCUUGCGGUGACGCGCAACGCGCAGUCCAGCUCGGCGCAGCGCCUCGCCAACAAAUCGCCCAAGAUCCGGCUCGUUGAGGGCAACCUGGACGAGCCCGCAACGCUCUUUCAAAACGCACGCAAGACCACCUCGGCCCCGAUCUGGGGCGUCUUCAGCGUCCAGUCGGCGUUCGGCAAGGGCGAGGAGCGCCAGGGCAAGGCGCUCGUCGACGAGGCACUGAAACACGGCGUGAAACACUUUGUGUACAGCUCGGUUGACCGCGGCGGCGCCGCAUCCAUCGAUAACCCGACGGGGAUCCCGCAUUUCGUCACCAAGCACCGCAUCGAGCAGCAUCUGCUGGCGCGCUCCAGGGACUCGGACAUGCGCUGGACUGUGCUCCGCCCUGUUGCUUUCAUGGAUAACCUGACCCCGGACUUUGGCGGCAAGGUAUUUGCCACCAUGUGGCGCAUGGCUCUGAAGGGCAAGCCGCUGCAGCUCAUCGCUACCUCCGACAUCGGGCUCUAUGCGGCCGAUGCCUUCCUGCAGCCGGAUCAAUACCGCGAUCGGUUUAUUUCCCUGGCGGGCGAUGAUCUGACCUUCACCCAGAUGGCGAAUAUCUUCCAGUCAAAGACUGGCACAUCUGUACCCACCACAUUCGAGCUGCCCUGUCGCUUGCUCAUGGCCACCAUGGCGGAGAUGGGGACUAUGUUCCGCUGGUUUCAUGACGAAGGCUACCGGGCUGAUAUUGCUGCUCUGCGAAAAGACCAUCCGGGACUCAAGGACUUUGCAUCCUGGCUGGAAACCGAGAGUGGCUUUCUCCCGCAUUGA